AUGGACGAGCUUGUGGGAGAGGACUUCUCGUGCACGCUGUACAAGAGGGACGUGGAGAAGAUGACGUGCUUCAAGGAAUGUGAGUUUUUAUUCAAGGGAAUGUACUCUACAUUAAACGACAAAGCCAUUGGAGCAAUCCUGCUGGUUAUCUCCCUUACCAUUCUCUGCCUGUGUCUGGUCGCCAUUGUCAAACUGCUUCACUCCCUUUUCCAUGGCCCCAUCGCUCUCAUCAUCAAAAAAUUCAUCAACGCGGACUUUCCCGGACCGCUGGGCUACCUCACCGGAUACCUCGCCAUCAUCAUCGGCGCCGGGUUGACCAUCAUCGUCCAGAGCUCCUCCAUCUUCACCUCCACCCUCCCCCCGCUCGUCGGCAUCGGGGUCAUUGAACUCGACCGGAUGUACCCUUUGACCCUGGCGUCAAACAUCGGCACAACGACCACGGCGAUUCUCUCAGCCUUAGCCAACACGGACGGCUUCAGAAACGCGUUACAAGCAGCCUUCUGCCACCUCUUCUUUAACAUCACCGGCAUCCUCCUGUUCUACCCCAUCCCCUACCUCCGCUUCCCCAUCCCGCUUGCCAAAUUUCUAGGCAACUGCACGGCCGAGUACCGCUGGUUCGCCAUCGUCUACAUGUUACUUUUAUGUUAG